UUCACCGGCGGCCGGAGUGGCAGUGUUUGUUUGGUGGGAAAGGGGAGGAGACGGAGAGGGGACGACAAGGUUAUGAUAAAUUAAAUAGUCAAUCACGAGGACAAGGGCGGUUCAGAAAAGUCAUUGAAAACCUGCCAGGAAUUGGAGUUGAAGGAGAGAGAUUUUUGGUUUGGUUUGGUUUGGUUUGGUCUGCUCUGGUCCGGCCCGUACCAGUACUACCACCAACGCUUCCUCUCCUUAUUUAAGCUCCUACUGGUUGGUAACUUGGUGUCUUCCUCCCUCUCUCCGUCUACAUCGCGAUCUCCGCUACUCUCUCUCUCUCUCCGUGGCCAUUGCGAUCGUACAGUUUUGUGGACUUCACUCUGUUCUUCCAUGGACACGCUCGCGCCGGCGAUCGGCCCCAAGCUCGCCCUUCCGGCGGCAAACUGUGACUACUCCGGCAGAAGACUCAACAGCGUGGUUCUUCCGAGUUUGCGGCGGAACUUGAAACGAAUUUGCUCGAAGAUUCGCGUGCAUGCCGAGAACGUCAAGGUAACGCCGGUGGCCGCCGAUAUGGACUUAAGUGAUCCCGAUUGGAAGUCCAAGUUCCAAAGCGAAUUCGAGGCUCGAUUCAACCUUCCUCACCUCACCGACCUUUUCCCCGACGAGGCUCCUAUCCCCUCCACUUUCUGCCUCAGGAUGAGGACUCCGACAGAAGAUUUUGCUGACGGUUAUCCAUCUGAUGAGAAGUGGCAUGGCUACAUUAAUAACAAUGACAGGGUACUCCUCAAGGUUAUAAAUUAUUCCUCCCCAACAUCUGCUGGUGCUGAAUGCAUUGAUCCCAAUUGUACUUGGGUAGAACAAUGGGUUCACCGUGCUGGUCCCCGGGAGAAAAUAUACUUCAGGCCAGAAGAAGUCAAAGCAGCAAUUGUAACCUGCGGCGGGCUUUGCCCUGGUCUUAAUGAUGUCAUCAGACAUAUUGUCAUCACCCUUGAAAUAUAUGGUGUGAAAAAGAUUGUGGGGAUUCCAUUUGGUUACCGUGGAUUUUCAGACCAAGACUUGAGUGAAAUGCCACUCUCCAGGAGAGUAGUUCAAAAUAUUCAUCUUUCUGGUGGAAGCUUAUUAGGAGUCUCGCGUGGAGGGCCCAGUGUUGAGGAGAUGGUUGACCGUAUGGAGGAAAAAGGAAUCAACAUGCUUUUUGUUUUGGGCGGAAAUGGAACCCAUGCUGGUGCCAACGCAAUUCAUGAUGAGUGUCAGAAAAGACGACUGAAAGUGGCAGUAGUUGGUGUGCCAAAAACCAUAGAUAAUGAUAUUCUGCUGAUGGAUAAAACUUUUGGUUUUGAUACUGCUGUUGAAGAAGCGCAGCGUGCAAUAAAUUCAGCAUACAUUGAGGCACAUAGUGCUUAUCAUGGUAUUGGCAUAGUCAAAUUGAUGGGGCGUAGUAGUGGAUUUAUAGCCAUGCAUGCCGCGCUUGCUAGUGGACAAAUUGAUAUAUGUUUGAUCCCAGAGGUACCUUUUAAUUUACAUGGACCACAUGGUGUCCUGAGGCAUCUGAAGUACCUAAUUGAGACAAAGGGAUCAGCUGUUGUCUGUGUGGCAGAGGGAGCUGGGCAGAAUUUACUUCAGAAAACUAAUGCCAAAGAUGCAUCUGGAAAUACUGUACUUAGUGAUAUUGGUGUACAUCUACAACAAGAGACAAAGAAAUACUUUAAGGAGAUAGGCGUUCCAGCUGAUGUGAAGUACAUUGAUCCAACAUACAUGAUACGAGCAGUCCGUGCAAAUGCAUCGGAUGGAAUUCUUUGUACUGUAUUGGGCCAAAAUGCGGUUCACGGUGCAUUUGCCGGGUAUAGUGGCAUCACAGUGGGCAUAUGCAACACACACUACGUAUAUCUUCCCAUCCCGGAAGUCAUUACUUACCCGAGGGUGGUCGACCAUAACAGCCGAAUGUGGCAUCGUUGCUUGACAUCAACCGGCCAGCCCGACUUCAUUUGAAGUAGGCGACUCUAAUUCUAUUAUUAUGCCAGCGAUUUCUAGCUUCAUUAUAGACAGCUAAAUUAUAGAACAGAAAACCAGCCUGAAAUGGCCUGUGCUGGGUAAGUCUGUUCACCACUUGCUAUUGAAGAAAUAAUACGAAGGAUGACAUUUCUUCCCAAUUCAGAUAUUCUUUUAUAGUGUAUAGCAUUAUAGUGAUAGAAGACCUUGAUAAUAAGAUUUCCUAGGAACCAACCAAAGCAUUUUGUAAUUGGUUUCUUGAUUUGUGUAAAACACAGAAUGUGCGAAGGGAACUGAAAAGUAGAAUGGAGCUACACGGUUUAUAGAGACUUCACAUUCUCUUAAUUAAAAAUUAUGAGCUCUCGUUGAUGAGUUGUGUUGGUUCUAUUUUCCGUAAGAAUUCAACGGUAGCCAAAAUUACUCUU